UCUAACAUAAUGUAUCGCAAACUUUGUUGGCAUUCAACCAUAUUGAACAGGCCAAUGCACUUGUAUUAUUGCUUGUAUAUUCGUUGACAAAAACCUGAUAAAUUUUAUUUUAACAAAAUACUGGUUCAUCUUAUUAGUUGUAUAAUUAAUCGAUAAGAAGUUCAUGUUAUAAGAAUUAAAUUAUUCCCGCUCGAAGAUUGGUAAGCACUUUACACAAUGUUUACGAUAUAUUAGUAAGAAAAAACAUAACCUCUCUCUGUCUCUCUCUCUCCCUCUUUUUCGUUCCCCCUUUUCUUUAUCUCUCUUCUUUCUGUUUAUCUUACUUUUGUCGUAUUAAUUCGUGUCAUACUGAAGAUAAUUUCUAUAUUAAUUUGCAUUCCGAUACAUUUCGUACGACUAGCAACCACACUUCUUAUAACCUACAGAAUUUUAGUGGAUAAAUUUAGUUGAAGGAAAUAACUGUGUGCUCAGUUGUAUUGCAAUCAUGCGCUGGGAUAGAAAACCAGAAAUUUAAUGUCGAAUAAAAGUACGACGGUAAAUUGCAAAACGUGGGAAGGAUGCCGAGUUGUGGCAGCCUCAUCAGAAUCAUUAGACGGCGCCUCGUACUUGGACUGAUUUUUGCUCUAUCACUUACAUACUGCGCCUUUUCACUCUUUCGUAACGAGAGAAAGACAUUAGCUUUGGAUAAUGAUCUUGACGACAUGGAUCCCAUGAUGAUUAAUGACAAUAAUGAUGAUUUAGUUUCUGAUGAUGAUGCAUUAUUGGAACAAUUGAAAGGAUCUGGUAAACCACCAUUGUGGCAAAUGGCAAUUGUUGAUCAAGGGGCAAACAAAAACGCAUUACAUAUGGAAGCAAUGUUAAAUUUAAAUGAUACAGAUAUUAUGGUCCAUUCUUGUCGUAAUUCUGUUCAGGGCAAAGUCCUAAUAGUAGAUGAGCGAGGUAUUGUAUGCUCUAGACAGGAAAUUUUGCCAAAUGGUUGCUGUAAUAUGGAACAAAAGGAUUCUACAAAAAAUGAGGAUACAUCAGCUAUAGCCAAGAGAGAGAGGUAUAGUUGUAAAACAUGUAAUGCUCAAGGGUGCUGUGCUAUCUAUGAAUAUUGUGUUUCCUGCUGCCUACAUCCUAGCAAGCAAAUGAAAGGAAGAAAGGAUGUGCUAUUAGGUUUGCUUAGAGAAAAUCAUAAAGUACACAGGGACCAAGAUGUGGUGAAGAAACGUCUGCGCAAUUUAGACCGAUUUCAAGUUUGUUUGGCUGCAUGUCGUACUUCCAGUGCAAGCGUCCGCCACGAGAACACCUAUAAAGAUCCACAUUCGAAGCAUUGUUACACACUUCAACCACCGUAUUCACAUCAAAGACACCGUCGUAAUGUUGAUUCAUACAAUAAUAAUGACGACAACCCUGUUGUCGUUGCAUCUUUUUCUGUUAUGCCGUUACUUACCCUCUUCUCUCCCUUCUGUCUGCUUAUACAUGCAAACAACGAUACGUUUUUACUAUCGUGCAAUUAUCAUUCUUCGACGUUAUUCGAUUAUUACUCUCAUAUACAACCACCUUGAAAUAUAAAGUAA